UCUCUCUCUCUCUCUCUCUCUCUCUCUCUCUCUCUUUAACGUCGCAGCUAUGUCGCUACUACUCACCCGCGUCCGCAGCCGCGCACGCAUCUCCUCCUCCUCCUCCUCCUUCCUUCGCCGCCACCACCCGCGCAGCCCCCCGCUCGCCCCACGGGCUGCUUUCGCCUCGCUCGCGGGCGCCGAAGAGCCGACGGUGGUGUCGCCGUCGGAGGCGGAAGUGCGGGCCGGCGCGCUGUCGCGGCGCAACCUCGAGCGGGCGGUGGGCGCGGUGCACCGCGACGGGCUGGUGGUGGUCGAGGGCGUGGUGCCGCACGCGGCGCUGGACCGGCUCAACGCGCGCAUGGUGAGCGACGCGCGCGUGCUGCAGGCGCGCGGCGACGAGGGCCCCUUCAACUAUAACACCGGGAACCUGCAGCAGGGCGCGCCGCCGGUGGCCGAGUUCUUCGACCCCGAGGUGUUUGUGAGUGAGUCGAGAGCCGGGGAUCUCCUUUCUCUUCCCGUCCCUUCCCCCCCCCCCCCCUUUUUUUUUCUCCUCGUCGACGACCUUACGCGCGCCCCGCUAACGAACCGCGCGGCAGACCCCAUCGCCACGCAGGUGACGUCGGGGGUGCUGGGGCCGCGGCCGCUGUGGACGUUCUGCUCGGCGAACACGGCGGUGGCGGGGGCGGGGGCGGCGCGGCAGCCGGUGCACUCGGACGCGGACUUCGCGCACCCGGACCACGCGUUCGCGCUGGUGGUCAACGUGCCGCUGGUGGCGACGGCGGCGGCGAACGGGGCGACGGAGCUGUGGCUGGGGACGCACACGGCGGCGGGCGGCGGCGGGGUGGCCGCGCAGGAGGGCGCGCACGGCGAGCGCACGAGCGGCCGCAUCCGCGAGGCGCAGCUCGCGGCGCGCCGCGCCGCCCGCCCGCCCUGCCAGCCCCCCCUCGCCAAGGGCAGCCUCGUCGUCCGCGACCUGCGCCUCUGGCACGCCGGCAUGCCGAACCGCGGGGAGCCGCCCCGCGUCAUGCUCGCCAUGAUCCACUUCGCCCCCUGGUACCGCAGCCGCAUGCGCCUCCAGCUCGCCGACGACGUGCGCCCGCUGCUCGAGCGGCUCGAGCGCGACGGGCGUCUGUGCCUCGACGUCCCCGUCGACUGGAUCCCCCGCGACCGCGCCCUCGGGACGUACCUCGAUCGUGGCUUCGGGAACAGCUACGACUUCGACCAGGAGCCGUAGGGCGAAAGGGGUGUGAGGGUGCGCAUGGCUGGCUGGCUGGCUGACUGGCUGGGCUUGGGUAUGACGGUAGGGGGGUAUGGGGGGAAGAGGAGGGGGGGAUAAGGGAUUUGCUCGGUCGGUCGGUCGGGGUUAGGGGGGUCGUGGUGUUAGACGAGGCUGUAGGAAGGGGUAGGUGUUACGCUCGUCCGAUUGCCCGAGCACCUGUGCAGUCAACUACACGGCUGACAGGAUUGAUGCAGUUGUUGACCGGAGUAUGACCUUGCGACCGAACAUAGGUACGUAUUAACGUUGCAGAACUUGCGUUUGCUGUUUUCGGCUGUUUGGGUUGCAUUUUCGGCGGCGUGUCUUGUUACGAGUAGAUUGUUUACACUUUCCGAUGGCUACAAUAGUCUCUAAGAGGGUUGCUGAGUUCCCGAAUAGCUCUGCGGCUCAGUCAAGGACUUAUUUCAGGGUUGUGGAUACUAGAGGGGAGGUUGCAGUCAAUAUGUUACGGUGUCUUCGCUGGUUGACUUUGUUGGAUCAAUUAAGUAAAAAUAUCGCAUACGUCUGGGUGGAGAAUAGACCUGUUUUUAACAGGUGUGCGUUUUGGCAAGGCUCGCUUCCGUUGCUUCGUAAUUACUUAGUUACCUAAGGGCAUACGGAACUUUGAAAGCUGAACCUGAACUGCUGAUCAAUUAAGAGGAGAUCUAGGUCCUAGAACUGCGAAAUAAGGAGCUUUUU